AUGAGUUUUAGGGUUGCUCGACGAUAUUUGAAACGUCAACAAUCGAAAGUAUCACGAUGGCAUUUGUAUAAAGUUGAAGCAAAUAGGCAAUUAACAGCAUUUGGUCGAUGGUGUAGUAAUAUGAAGAUAUAUUUGAUACCAUGGGAAGCAAAAAUUAAAACAAUUGAAAGUCACUAUGGUUCUGUAGUCUCAUCUUAUUUUACAUUCUUACGAUGGGUCCUUAGUGUCAACAUUACAAUGACUAUAAUAAUGAUGUUAUUCGUUACCAUUCCAGAGUGGUUAGCAGAUUCUCGAGGUGGUCCAGAACGAUUUAAUCGAACUUAUCAUAUCAAAGUUAUGAAAGAAAAAGAUAUACCACGAGCAGAUGAAUUAAAUACCAUUCUCGAUUUUAAAGUGAGCAUUUUUCAUUAA